AAAUACACCCACGCGGUGAUUAAGGUUAACGGACUAAGUUAUUAAUAGCACGUUUGUUUUUCAAGUAGUUAGCAACAUUUUGACGAUUUAAUAGCUCUGCCAUAUUCCACUCAUUGGGAUGAUUCUGCCACUACGAGCCAAUCAAACGAGACUGCGGUCUCGCCUCCUGUGGAAAGUUCAAACUCCACUCGGAAAAGUGGGACUUGUCCGCUUGGAAAGUCAUAUUUAAGCAAAGAUGUCCCAGAAACUUCUCGUCAUCGACACGGACUGCGGAAUCGACGACGCCCAGGCCAUCCUAGUGGCAUUGGCAGCGACGCACGUCCGCGUCCUGGCAGCCACCUGCGUAUUUGGCAACGCAUCCGUGGACGACGUGUGCCAGAAUGUAUUGAAGGUGUUUGAAGUGGCGCAGCGCGAGCAGUUUUUCACCCAGGAGAUCCCGGUGUUCCGAGGCUCCGCCGGGCCCCUGCUCGGAACCACCGCCUCCGCACAUGACCACUUUGGCACAGAUGGCCUCGGGGACGUUUUGGAGAAUAGAGCGCCCCGAUGGGAGGAGAAAAUUCAGAAGGAACACGCGGUGAACGCCAUGCUUCGCCUGGUGGCCGAGAAUCCCAAACAGGUGACACUGGUGGCCCUGGGUCCCCUCACCAACCUGGCGCUGGCUGUUAAGAUGGACCCAAGCUUCCCUGGAAAGCUGAAAGAACUUUAUAUCAUGGGCGGCAACAUGGAAGGCAAAGGAAACGUGUCCCUGUGUGCAGAGUUCAACUUCGCCAUGGACCCAGAAGCUGCUUACUUGGUUCUAGAGGAGUACUUAUGCCCUACCUACUUGGCGACGUAUGAAUACGCCUGCAAGAACGUUUUGUCGUGGGAAUUCUUUGAGGAGCUGACGAGCCAGGACACAGCAGCGUCCCGCUUUAUGAAGACCAUCACAUCCCGCUGCUGGGCCUUCUCCCCGGAGAUCCGAAACAAGCAGCGUGGCGGUUACUUCGAGCCAGGCUUCGUCUCCUAUGACUCGUACGCGGUGGCGGCCUGCGUGGACGCCGACGUGGUGGCCGAGAGCGUGCGCUGUCCGGUGCGAGUGGAGCUACAGGGCACCGUGUGUCGCGGCAUGAUGGUGCUGGACCGUGUGGGCAGGCUCAACAAGCAGCACAGCGUGACCGUAUUCACCAAAUGCCACAAGGACAAAUUGGCGCAGAUGCUGCUCAAGUCGGUCGGGCAUCCCUCAGGGAGCCCGCACGCUGGAAAAGAAACACCCUGAUUAAUUCAACGAAUAAUCAAUACAUUAGAAGAAAAUGUCAAUACCGUACUGUAUAAAACCAAGUAAUUUUUGCUUUUUUGGUAUGGACAUUGUGGUGGUACUUUUGUGUACCUUUGCCACCAAGGGGCAGAAUAAUACAGAGAGUUUAAAAAACAGUAAAUGUACCUUCAACUUGGACAUCUAAGUUCAU